UGGUGGCUCACGCCUGUAAUCCCAGCACUUUGGGAGGCUGAGGCAGGCGGAUCACGAGGUCAAGAGAUCGAGACCAUCCUGGCCAACAUGGUCAAACCCCAUCUCUACUAAAAAUACAAAAAUUAGCUGGGUGCAGUGGUGGACGCCUGUAAUCCCAGCUACUCAGGAGGCUGCGGCAGGAGAAUUGCUUGAACCCAGGAGGCGGAAGUUGCAGUGAGCCGAGAUCACGCCACUGCACUCCAGCCUGGGUGACAGAGCAAGACUCCAUCUCGAAAAAUAAAAUAAAAUAAAACAUUGAUCUCCAAGAAAGUAGAUCAUAUCUGCUCUCUAUCUGAUCACAUUGAUAAACUUGGUUAUGUUUGCAGGUUAAAGAGGAAAUGAUGGACAACAGAGGCAACUCUGGUCUACCUGACAAACUUCCUAUCUUCCCCGAUUCUGCCCACUUGCCACUGACCAGGUCCUUCUAUCUGGAGCCCAUGGUCACUUUCCACGUGCACCCGGAGGCCCCGGUGCCAUCCCCUUACUCUGAGGAGCUGCCACUGUUGCCUUUUCCCAGUGACUCCCUUAUCCCGGGAAAUUACAGUGAACCCUGCCCCUUCUCUUUCCCGAUGCCUUAUCCAAAUUACAGAAGGUGCGAGUACUCCUACGGGCCAGCCUUCAUCCGGAAAAGGAAUGAGCGGGAAAGGCAGCGGGUGAAAUGUGUCAAUGAAGGCUACGCCCAGCUCCGCCAUCAUCUGCCAGAGGAGUAUUUGGAGAAGCGACUCAGCAAAGUGGAAACUCUCAGAGCUGCGAUCAAGUACAUUAACUACCUGCAGUCUCUUCUGUACCCUGAUAAAGCUGAGACCAAGAAUAACCCUGGAAAAGUUUCCUCCAUGAUAGCAACCACCAGCCACCAUGCUGAUCCUAUGUUCAGAAUUGUUUGAGUCGCUGUUUCCAAAUAGAAAUGAAUAAUAUCACAAAAUGGGGUCUCUUACAGCAUCAUUCAAUAGUUUUUCCUAAAUGUAAUUUCCAUGUGGGCAGAAAAUAGCUCAAAUGCUAACCUAUGCUGGGUAUUACUCACCUGGGUUUCAAUCGUACUAAACAUGAUGUCAUGUAGGUUGAGGAGCUGCUCCGCUUCUUUCAUGAACUCUAGGGGAGCAGGGGGCCCCAGAGUCUCUGCAUGUCUCACCCUGCCCUUCUCACAUGCUUGGCCAGAAGCUGAGCUGUGAGAAGCUCUCACAGAAGCUUGUGAAGUGUGACUAUUAACUACUUGACGCCGGUGGUCGCUUCGCUGAAGUGUCGUGCUGAGCAAUCACA